UGAGAUUUGAGACUGCUGUAAUGAACCUUAAUAAAGUAUUAGUGAGUUUGUACUUCAACAAAAUCAACUCAUACUCAAAAAAUACAAUUAUUAUGUCAUUAGAGUGAAAUCUGUUUUCCCAAAACCAAAACCAAAACCCAAACCCAAACCCAAACCCUCUUCUCAUCAAACUCGGGUUCUUCUUGCUUUAGUUAUGGCGGAAGAGCGAGAUGAAUCAGGAAUUAAAGUUCCAACGAUGGCGACUGCAAUCCCCACUGGUGAUGGCACUGUUUGGGCUGAUGUUUCUCAACUGCUUUCAUCUGCUUGUUAUGAACUUCGUGACGAUGAGUUGAUAUAUGGUGAAAAUUUCAGUCUCUUUGCUGCCAUGUCUGCCUUAGAGAUUAUGGACCCAAAGAUGGAUUCAGGCAUGGACAAUGGCCAAUAUCAUUCCAUUGAUGAAGCCAUUGAGAGCGGCGCUGCUCCUGUUCCACUAAGUUAUGAUAAAACUAUAGAUGUUUUAUGCAUUGUAGAUAUUAUGGAUCACCUUCUUGCAUGUGAGGCCACAUGGCACAAGGGUCAUUCAUUGGCACAAACAAUCUUUUCUUGCAUCUAUCUUCUACGGCUUGAUCGUACUUCAUCACAUCCCUUGUUACAUUCCUUUUGUAGAAUAGUUCGUGCUACGUGCAAUGCUCUUAUAUCCGUUGUUUCAGAAGCACGCACACAUGAAGAAGAAGAUAUGUUUACAAUGGCUUAUGGUCUACCUUUGAGUGGUGAAAAAGACGAAGGGUUCUUAUCUACCCUAAAUGCUGUGGAGGAAACACUAUGUCGACAUCUGCGUACAUGUAAAUCUUCUGUUGCUAAGAAGACAAUGAUUGAAGAACAAGAAUCAUUACAAAAUAAUCCAGAUCUAGAGGAGGGUUUUUGCCGAGCUAUUUUGUGUCGUUUACGAUUUCGUAAGCAUUACUACCAUAUUUUAAUGUGUAUGAAGAAACCCCAAGGCAGAGGCUUUGAGUUGGCAAGAAAACAUAUUUUAUCUUGCUUAUUAGAGGUGGAACACAUGCAAAAGUCUGCGGAUUUUCUUAGAUCUGUAGGAUGCAUGAAGCCCAAAGAUGCAUUACCAGUGGAAACUACUGCAUCUGGUCGUCAUCCUGUUGGAUUUGAUGGCAAUUUAAAUGUCAGAGCAUCAGCUCCUGCUCCUCCACGUGCAAUUAAAACUUUGAGCUGGGAUAUGGCUUUGGAAUAUUUCAAAAAGCUGAUCAGUGAUUUAGAUGUUAUUUGUUCAUUCUCAAUGGACGCAGAUCUAGAAAACAUAUUGCAGUUUAUUGUUGAAUUCCAGAAACUGCAACCAGAUCUUGUUGCCAGAUCUCACCUUCAUGUCUUUUUGAUUCAAGAUGGGAAAUUAUAUGGUCGCAAUCCUAUAUUUCAUGUAAUCUGUAAAGCUUCAACUCUACCUGAUUCCGUGAAGGACCUUGAUAUCCAAAAGAAAGAAGCUAUUGUACAUUUAGGACAGUUUUUAAUCAAUUUGCUCAAAGUCCUUUGUACAAAUGUUGCAUGGCAAAGGCGUAAGCUUGGGAAAGUUUUACAAGAUUGGCGUGUUAUCUAUGUACAGCUGGAACAUGCUUUUCGGGAGGAAUUUGGUGAAUUUUCUGGUAUAAUUAAUGAGAGUGUAGGUAUGAAACUGGCCAGACACAUGCUUAUUUGGGUGGAAGAGCAAACAUAUUGGAUUGCUAUGAGGUUUCUUUCUUUGGGCUUUGAUUUGGAACUAUAUUCCUUCAAUGAGUAUUGCAUGGUAUAUUGGUACCUUUAUGUCAUAUUAGUUAAGCUUGCUGAGAAAACGCAUUUGAAGCAAUUGUCCGCUGCUGACACAGCGGCUAAACGUAAAGGGAAGAAGAAAAAAAACUCGGUGAUGGAUACAAAGGAUUACCACAUUCCACCAGCUGUAAUGUUGCUUCAGUGCUAUAUUUGUCUUGCUGAGGGACUUGCAAUGAUGCUUGCUGCUCUCAGAAAUGAACAAAUGCUCUUCCAGCAUGGAGGCCCUUUUAAUACCGAAUAUGAGAAAUUUAUUCAACACUUCGAGCAUUUACAGAAAGCUUGCCUACCAGAUCACAUUUCCUACCAUUCAUAUAAGGAAUGCACUGACCAAGCUCGACUUUCUACGCUUGUUGUGUAUAAUCACUUCAAGGAAGCUCAGAAAAUAACGAAGGAACUCAAGAAGAGUUUUGCAGAUGACCCCAAAAAAUUGGCUGAACUCCGAUGCAUCGAUCAGGUUGCAGAGCGCAACAGCAUUGCUCUGAAUGUAAUCAACCGUGUUGGAGCUCUCGAUGCUGCUCUUAAGAUCUCGUUAGAUUUUACAUUUCAUCCCAAUUUUGCUGUAGCAGUAGUUAAAAGAUCGUAAUGUUCAUACCUGAAAAAGUUUUGUGUUAUUUACUGCAGCAUUUUGUUGAAAAAAAAUUGAAUGCCUCCAUUAAUUUCAUUGUAGAAGUUUAUACAUCAUAAUUCAUAUUGAUCCAAAAACUUUCAUGUAAUAAUUUAUGCCAAGAUUUUCUCUUGUUAUAGUACAUUUCUAUUUUGACUCACGAAGUCGAUGUGUUGAAAAUGGAAGGACGUACGUUUCUUAGCAGAGCUUGAAAAUUCAAAGUGCCUUGUUGAUCUAAAACAAAUUUAUAAUCACACUUUUUCAAAAACCAUUUUAAAUUUUAAUGAAAAAUAAUUUUGUAAACUAUUAAUUUCUCAAAAUAAAAACAAUAUUGAUAUAAUAAUACAUUUAAAAUAUGUCGAUGAGACCUUUAAAAAUUUACAUAUAUUAUGAACAAUGAGAAAUAUAAUGAUAUAAGGAAUCAUACCAUACAAAUCUAUCAUAAUCGGUGUGUCUAGCUGUGUAGCAACGUCUGGAGUUAGUUGAGAUACAAAUUUUACUCAUACCCCUCCAAAGAGAGGGCAAUGGAGGGCAAGAGAGAUGUGGUCAAAGAGCCUCAAAUAAAGAAAAUCCUACAAA